AUGAACGCCCCAACACGCCGCCUUGCCACGGCCGUGGUGGGGUCCUGUUCAUUGCCGCUCUCUACGCCCUUGCAACGCCGCCUUGCAAGCUCUUCCUCUCUGCGUCAAGCUGUGAAAACUCCUCCGGUGAAAGGGACCCCUCCCCCUCCAGCGUCCCGUGUGACGAGAUCAUAUAAACCGACACAAAAACCUUUCCCUUCGACAUCACCACCACUACCUCCUCCUCCUCCUGAACCUCCAAAAGCAGACACCCUCCUCACCAUCUGGCGCCGCGCCUGGCUCCCUCUAACCGGCGCCUCCCUCCUCGCCGGCUUCCUAGGCUUUUACAUCUUUGGCACCACAGUCGCAACGAUCAAAUCAUCCCCAUCCUCCACCUCGUCAUCAUCCCAGCCUUGCGAACAUGCUACCCCCACCGGCCGUCCUCCCGCCCUGACGGGUGACAAUGCAGAGCAAUUCGACAAGGAGCUCAACCUCCCCGAGUGGUGGAUGGGCAUCACCAAGCUCCGAAAGAAGCUUGCUGCCCACGCAAAGGGCGCCGUCCUCGAGCUCGCCAUGGGUUCCGGCCGUAACCUCGAGUACUACAACUGGGAGCCCCUGAGCACCGCCGUCGAGGCCGCCCGCACCGGCAACAUUCCGCCUCCCAAGGUGCCCCAGGGUAUCACUUCCUUCACGGGACUCGACAUCUCCGUCGACAUGCUUGACGUCUCGCGCAAGAGGCUCGCAAAGUCCGUUCCGCCCAUGGCCUCCUCCGCGCCCGUCGUCAAGGCCUCGUCCAUGGCCGACCACACCGGUGGCCAGCUCUCCUUCCUGGACGGCCACGUCCGCCUCGUCAACUCGGACGCGCACCACCCGCUGCCGCCGCCCGCGCACACCGACAAAUACGACACCGUCAUCCAGACUUUUGGCCUCUGCUCCGUCUCGGAUCCCGUCGCUGUGCUCUCCAACCUCGCAACCGUCGUCCGACCCGGCACCGGCCGCAUAAUCCUCCUUGAGCACGGCAAAGGCUACUAUGGCCUGGUGAACGGCUUGCUGGACAAGAACGCGGGAAAGCACUUUGCAAAGUACGGGUGCUGGUGGAACAGGGACAUUGAAGCUAUCGUCGAAGAUGCCGUGGCCGCGACGCCUGGCCUGGAAGUGGUCAAGAUCGAACGGCCAAACAUUACUCAGAUGGGGACCCUGGUAUGGAUUGAGCUGAAAAUGGCGGCCAACAAGACAUGA